GCGUGGAUAUAUAUAAAGCCCCCCAUUGUGUCCCUGCGUCCUCGUCCGCUGCUAACUGCUCAGUUAGCCAUGGAUGCGAUGCGAUUUUUUAUUUUGCUCUUAUGGAUGUGUGGACUGACAAAGCAGCAGAGCCUCCAGAGCGUGCCGACCAACGAUGCUCUCGUGCUGACGUUCUGCGACUUUAACAACGAUGCCGAGCCAUUCUGCGGAUUCCGCCAGGUCUCUGAGGACGGUGGCGACUGGACCCGGAACAAAGGUCCAACCCCGACGCCUGGCACGGGUCCUCAAGGAGAUUACCCGGACGGAAAGGGAUUCUACAUCUACCAGGAAUGUGACAACAUGGCAAACGGGCAGAAGACCCGUCUGAUGAGUUCCACGUUCUUAAUGCCGGCGUCACAGAUCUGCGUCCAGUUCCGAUAUUACAUGUACGGCUCAGACCGUUCCAAUCUGUUGCGAGUGCUGGCGAAGAGGUCGAAUAGCGAGGACGAGCUGUGGAAGAAGACUGGUAUCCAGAGUACGUCGUGGCUGAAGGGCGCCAUCACCGUGUCCAAUUCAGACAGUCAGGAGGUCACGAUUGUCUUCGAGGCCCAGCGAGGUUUCACCGCUUCCUGCGACUCAGCACUCGACAACAUCAUCAUUAGUGAAGGGUCAUGUCCCACUUGCGUUUCUGGCUGCGACUUCGACAACUUGGGUGACACUUGUGGGUGGACUCUGUUCCUACCUGACCCGGACAUUUUCGGCUUUGAGCAAUGGUCUGGUCCAACAGACACAGAAGGCACCGGACCUGAUGAUGACUUCUCCAAGCCUGGGCUGGGAUCAUACAUGCUGAUGGAUUCUGCCUUUGCUGUCCCUGGACGAGCGGGGCAUAUCAGAAGUCCUGUGAUAGGCACUCCUUCUGGAUGCCUGGAGCUUACGUUCCAUUACUAUCUGUUUGGCACCAGCGAGACCAUGCAGCUCAGUGUCCACACCUUGACAGGGGGACUCCUCGGACCCUCUCUCUUCACUGUCACUGGGAACCAGGGUCCAGCCUGGAAGCCUGCAGAAGUCCGUCACCUCGGGAACACUAGCGUCCAGUUUGUUAUUGUGGGCACCUAUGGAGAGACGACUCAGACCGAUAUUGCUGUUGAUGCUGUGUGUGUCAUGGCCUGUCAAGGUCAGCUAACGACGCCACAACCACCAGUGUCGACUUCAGCACAAACUAAUGGAACAACUCCACCGAAUCCCACGACUCCAAGACCAACCACACCAAACCCAAUUCAGUGCCCUCCCAAUGCAGACUACAUCGAAUGUGGCCCAGCUUGCAUCCCCACCUGCAUGGAACCCUCCACCAACUGUAGCGGCUCCUGUAUCACCGGCUGCUUUUGCAAACCGGGGUUUGUCUUCAAGGGGAAACACUGUGUGCCACUGGAGAAGUGCGGUUGCCUGGAUCACAAUCAUAACUAUUACGAGCCUGGAGAGAUCGUAUUUGGAGACGGCUGCUCAAAGCUGUGUCGCUGCGCGGGGAACUACACUUUGGAAUGUGUGGAUAACACCUGUGAUCCCACUGAGGAGUGUCGUGAGGUUAACGGUGUCCCAGGAUGCUACCCGAAAGGUACAUCCUCGUGCAUCGCAUCCGGAGAUCCACAUUACACGACUUUCGACAAGCGCAAGUACAACUUCAUGGGCAACUGCAGUUACACGAUGACUGGAGUCUGCAAUGUAUCGGCUUUACCAAACUUUGUGGUCUACGCUGACAACGAAAAUCGCUAUAACAGACCCACCAUCUCCUAUGUGAAGGCGGUUCGUGUGUAUAUAGCAUCCGGUGGUGUCUCCAUCUUCAAAGGUGGCGCUGUGCAUGUGAAUGGAAUCAAAGUCAACCUUCCAGUCAGUCCAUUCCCAGGUGUCUCUGUGUUCAAAUCCGGAAAGCACUACACCGUGUCCUUGGAUUUUGGUGUGACUGUGCGCUAUGACGGAAACCACUUUAUGGACAUCAAAGUGAUUAAAGAUUUUAAGAACAUACUGUGUGGACUGUGUGGAGAUUACAAUGGAGAUCCCAAAGACGACUUCCGCAAGCCAGAUGGCUCAUUGACCCGCAAUCCCAAUGACUUUGGAAACAGUUGGAACACUGAUCCAGAGUGUAACAAUAAACCCAACACCACUAAUCCCGGAUGUGAGGCAGAGGAGCAGAAGCUCUAUGAGAGCUCUGGAUAUUGUGGCAUCCUGCUGGACAAAAAUAGUCCUUUUGCUGCGUGUCACGCCAAGGUCAACCCCAACGAUUACUUCAAGGACUGUGUCUUUGACCUUUGCGAGCUUGAUGGCGCUCAUUCCAUUCUGUGUGAAGCCAUCGAAGCCUACGUCAAUGAGUGCCAGGACCGUGGGGUCAACAUCGGACCCUGGAGGAACGAAACCUUCUGUCCUUUUGGCUGUCCCCCCAACAGCCAUUACGAGCCCUGCGCGGACCCCUGUCAGCAGACGUGUUCGGGCAGACCCCCCUCCUGCAGCGGCCCGUGCACCGAGUCCUGUGUGUGUGAUCCCGGCUACAUCCUGAGUGCCGGGAAAUGUGUCACCAACACUUCAUGUGGCUGCCAACACACCAAUGGCCAGUAUUAUCAGCCUGGAGAGGAGUUCUAUGUUGAGAACUGUGAUCUGAAGUGUAGCUGUGACGCACCCUUUGUGACCUGUAAGGCAUCUCAAUGCCCCCCAAUGCACGAGUGUCAAGUCCAAGGGGGAGAGCUGGGCUGCUAUCCCACAGGAAUGACGACACCCAGACCAACAACUCCAAGACCGACGACACCAAAACCAAUUCAGUGCCCUCCAAAUGCAGACUACAUCGAAUGUGGCCCAGCUUGCAUCCCCACCUGCAUGGAACCCUCCACCAACUGUAGCGGCUCCUGUAUCACCGGCUGCUUUUGCAAACCGGGGUUUGUCUUCAAGGGGAAACACUGUGUGCCACUGGAGAAGUGCGGUUGCCUGGAUCACAAUCAUAACUAUUACGAGCCUGGAGAGAUCGUAUUUGGAGACGGCUGCUCAAAGCUGUGUCGCUGCGCGGGGAACUACACUUUGGAAUGUGUGGAUAACACCUGUGAUCCCACUGAGGAGUGUCGUGAGGUUAACGGUGUCCCAGGAUGCUACCCGAAAGGUACAUCCUCGUGCAUCGCAUCCGGAGAUCCACAUUACACGACUUUCGACAAGCGCAAGUACAACUUCAUGGGCAACUGCAGUUACACGAUGACUGGAGUCUGCAAUGUAUCGGCUUUACCAAACUUUGUGGUCUACGCUGACAACGAAAAUCGCUAUAACAGACCCACCAUCUCCUAUGUGAAGGCGGUUCGUGUGUAUAUAGCAUCCGGUGGUGUCUCCAUCUUCAAAGGUGGCGCUGUGCAUGUGAAUGGAAUCAAAGUCAACCUUCCAGUCAGUCCAUUCCCAGGUGUCUCUGUGUUCAAAUCCGGAAAGCACUACACCGUGUCCUUGGAUUUUGGUGUGACUGUGCGCUAUGACGGAAACCACUUUAUGGACAUCAAAGUGAUUAAAGAUUUUAAGAACAUACUGUGUGGACUGUGUGGAGAUUACAAUGGAGAUCCCAAAGACGACUUCCGCAAGCCAGAUGGCUCAUUGACCCGCAAUCCCAAUGACUUUGGAAACAGUUGGAACACUGAUCCAGAGUGUAACAAUAAACCCAACACCACUAAUCCCGGAUGUGAGGCAGAGGAGCAGAAGCUCUAUGAGAGCUCUGGAUAUUGUGGCAUCCUGCUGGACAAAAAUAGUCCUUUUGCUGCGUGUCACGCCAAGGUCAACCCCAACGAUUACUUCAAGGACUGUGUCUUUGACCUUUGCGAGCUUGAUGGCGCUCAUUCCAUUCUGUGUGAAGCCAUCGAAGCCUACGUCAAUGAGUGCCAGGACCGUGGGGUCAACAUCGGACCCUGGAGGAACGAAACCUUCUGUCCUUUUGGCUGUCCCCCCAACAGCCAUUACGAGCCCUGCGCGGACCCCUGUCAGCAGACGUGUUCGGGCAGACCCCCCUCCUGCAGCGGCCCGUGCACCGAGUCCUGUGUGUGUGAUCCCGGCUACAUCCUGAGUGCCGGGAAAUGUGUCACCAACACUUCAUGUGGCUGCCAACACACCAAUGGCCAGUAUUAUCAGCCUGGAGAGGAGUUCUAUGUUGAGAACUGUGAUCUGAAGUGUAGCUGUGACGCACCCUUUGUGACCUGUAAGGCAUCUCAAUGCCCCCCAAUGCACGAGUGUCAAGUCCAAGGGGGAGAGCUGGGCUGCUAUCCCACAGGAAUGACGACACCCAGACCAACAACUCCAAGACCGACGACACCAAAACCAAUUCAGUGCCCUCCAAAUGCAGACUACAUCGAAUGUGGCCCAGCUUGCAUCCCCACCUGCAUGGAACCCUCCACCAACUGUAGCGGCUCCUGUAUCACCGGCUGCUUUUGCAAACCGGGGUUUGUCUUCAAGGGGAAACACUGUGUGCCACUGGAGAAGUGCGGUUGCCUGGAUCACAAUCAUAACUAUUACGAGCCUGGAGAGAUCGUAUUUGGAGACGGCUGCUCAAAGCUGUGUCGCUGCGCGGGGAACUACACUUUGGAAUGUGUGGAUAACACCUGUGAUCCCACUGAGGAGUGUCGUGAGGUUAACGGUGUCCCAGGAUGCUACCCGAAAGGUACAUCCUCGUGCAUCGCAUCCGGAGAUCCACAUUACACGACUUUCGACAAGCGCAAGUACAACUUCAUGGGCAACUGCAGUUACACGAUGACUGGAGUCUGCAAUGUAUCGGCUUUACCAAACUUUGUGGUCUACGCUGACAACGAAAAUCGCUAUAACAGACCCACCAUCUCCUAUGUGAAGGCGGUUCGUGUGUAUAUAGCAUCCGGUGGUGUCUCCAUCUUCAAAGGUGGCGCUGUGCAUGUGAAUGGAAUCAAAGUCAACCUUCCAGUCAGUCCAUUCCCAGGUGUCUCUGUGUUCAAAUCCGGAAAGCACUACACCGUGUCCUUGGAUUUUGGUGUGACUGUGCGCUAUGACGGAAACCACUUUAUGGACAUCAAAGUGAUUAAAGAUUUUAAGAACAUACUGUGUGGACUGUGUGGAGAUUACAAUGGAGAUCCCAAAGACGACUUCCGCAAGCCAGAUGGCUCAUUGACCCGCAAUCCCAAUGACUUUGGAAACAGUUGGAACACUGAUCCAGAGUGUAACAAUAAACCCAACACCACUAAUCCCGGAUGUGAGGCAGAGGAGCAGAAGCUCUAUGAGAGCUCUGGAUAUUGUGGCAUCCUGCUGGACAAAAAUAGUCCUUUUGCUGCGUGUCACGCCAAGGUCAACCCCAACGAUUACUUCAAGGACUGUGUCUUUGACCUUUGCGAGCUUGAUGGCGCUCAUUCCAUUCUGUGUGAAGCCAUCGAAGCCUACGUCAAUGAGUGCCAGGACCGUGGGGUCAACAUCGGACCCUGGAGGAACGAAACCUUCUGUCCUUUUGGCUGUCCCCCCAACAGCCAUUACGAGCCCUGCGCGGACCCCUGUCAGCAGACGUGUUCGGGCAGACCCCCCUCCUGCAGCGGCCCGUGCACCGAGUCCUGUGUGUGUGAUCCCGGCUACAUCCUGAGUGCCGGGAAAUGUGUCACCAACACUUCAUGUGGCUGCCAACACACCAAUGGCCAGUAUUAUCAGCCUGGAGAGGAGUUCUAUGUUGAGAACUGUGAUCUGAAGUGUAGCUGUGACGCACCCUUUGUGACCUGUAAGGCAUCUCAAUGCCCCCCAAUGCACGAGUGUCAAGUCCAAGGGGGAGAGCUGGGCUGCUAUCCCACAGGAAUGACGACACCCAGACCAACAACUCCAAGACCGACGACACCAAAACCAAUUCAGUGCCCUCCAAAUGCAGACUACAUCGAAUGUGGCCCAGCUUGCAUCCCCACCUGCAUGGAACCCUCCACCAACUGUAGCGGCUCCUGUAUCACCGGCUGCUUUUGCAAACCGGGGUUUGUCUUCAAGGGGAAACACUGUGUGCCACUGGAGAAGUGCGGUUGCCUGGAUCACAAUCAUAACUAUUACGAGCCUGGAGAGAUCGUAUUUGGAGACGGCUGCUCAAAGCUGUGUCGCUGCGCGGGGAACUACACUUUGGAAUGUGUGGAUAACACCUGUGAUCCCACUGAGGAGUGUCGUGAGGUUAACGGUGUCCCAGGAUGCUACCCGAAAGGUACAUCCUCGUGCAUCGCAUCCGGAGAUCCACAUUACACGACUUUCGACAAGCGCAAGUACAACUUCAUGGGCAACUGCAGUUACACGAUGACUGGAGUCUGCAAUGUAUCGGCUUUACCAAACUUUGUGGUCUACGCUGACAACGAAAAUCGCUAUAACAGACCCACCAUCUCCUAUGUGAAGGCGGUUCGUGUGUAUAUAGCAUCCGGUGGUGUCUCCAUCUUCAAAGGUGGCGCUGUGCAUGUGAAUGGAAUCAAAGUCAACCUUCCAGUCAGUCCAUUCCCAGGUGUCUCUGUGUUCAAAUCCGGAAAGCACUACACCGUGUCCUUGGAUUUUGGUGUGACUGUGCGCUAUGACGGAAACCACUUUAUGGACAUCAAAGUGAUUAAAGAUUUUAAGAACAUACUGUGUGGACUGUGUGGAGAUUACAAUGGAGAUCCCAAAGACGACUUCCGCAAGCCAGAUGGCUCAUUGACCCGCAAUCCCAAUGACUUUGGAAACAGUUGGAACACUGAUCCAGAGUGUAACAAUAAACCCAACACCACUAAUCCCGGAUGUGAGGCAGAGGAGCAGAAGCUCUAUGAGAGCUCUGGAUAUUGUGGCAUCCUGCUGGACAAAAAUAGUCCUUUUGCUGCGUGUCACGCCAAGGUCAACCCCAACGAUUACUUCAAGGACUGUGUCUUUGACCUUUGCGAGCUUGAUGGCGCUCAUUCCAUUCUGUGUGAAGCCAUCGAAGCCUACGUCAAUGAGUGCCAGGACCGUGGGGUCAACAUCGGACCCUGGAGGAACGAAACCUUCUGUCCUUUUGGCUGUCCCCCCAACAGCCAUUACGAGCCCUGCGCGGACCCCUGUCAGCAGACGUGUUCGGGCAGACCCCCCUCCUGCAGCGGCCCGUGCACCGAGUCCUGUGUGUGUGAUCCCGGCUACAUCCUGAGUGCCGGGAAAUGUGUCACCAACACUUCAUGUGGCUGCCAACACACCAAUGGCCAGUAUUAUCAGCCUGGAGAGGAGUUCUAUGUUGAGAACUGUGAUCUGAAGUGUAGCUGUGACGCACCCUUUGUGACCUGUAAGGCAUCUCAAUGCCCCCCAAUGCACGAGUGUCAAGUCCAAGGGGGAGAGCUGGGCUGCUAUCCCACAGGAAUGACGACACCCAGACCAACAACUCCAAGACCGACGACACCAAAACCAAUUCAGUGCCCUCCAAAUGCAGACUACAUCGAAUGUGGCCCAGCUUGCAUCCCCACCUGCAUGGAACCCUCCACCAACUGUAGCGGCUCCUGUAUCACCGGCUGCUUUUGCAAACCGGGGUUUGUCUUCAAGGGGAAACACUGUGUGCCACUGGAGAAGUGCGGUUGCCUGGAUCACAAUCAUAACUAUUACGAGCCUGGAGAGAUCGUAUUUGGAGACGGCUGCUCAAAGCUGUGUCGCUGCGCGGGGAACUACACUUUGGAAUGUGUGGAUAACACCUGUGAUCCCACUGAGGAGUGUCGUGAGGUUAACGGUGUCCCAGGAUGCUACCCGAAAGGUACAUCCUCGUGCAUCGCAUCCGGAGAUCCACAUUACACGACUUUCGACAAGCGCAAGUACAACUUCAUGGGCAACUGCAGUUACACGAUGACUGGAGUCUGCAAUGUAUCGGCUUUACCAAACUUUGUGGUCUACGCUGACAACGAAAAUCGCUAUAACAGACCCACCAUCUCCUAUGUGAAGGCGGUUCGUGUGUAUAUAGCAUCCGGUGGUGUCUCCAUCUUCAAAGGUGGCGCUGUGCAUGUGAAUGGAAUCAAAGUCAACCUUCCAGUCAGUCCAUUCCCAGGUGUCUCUGUGUUCAAAUCCGGAAAGCACUACACCGUGUCCUUGGAUUUUGGUGUGACUGUGCGCUAUGACGGAAACCACUUUAUGGACAUCAAAGUGAUUAAAGAUUUUAAGAACAUACUGUGUGGACUGUGUGGAGAUUACAAUGGAGAUCCCAAAGACGACUUCCGCAAGCCAGAUGGCUCAUUGACCCGCAAUCCCAAUGACUUUGGAAACAGUUGGAACACUGAUCCAGAGUGUAACAAUAAACCCAACACCACUAAUCCCGGAUGUGAGGCAGAGGAGCAGAAGCUCUAUGAGAGCUCUGGAUAUUGUGGCAUCCUGCUGGACAAAAAUAGUCCUUUUGCUGCGUGUCACGCCAAGGUCAACCCCAACGAUUACUUCAAGGACUGUGUCUUUGACCUUUGCGAGCUUGAUGGCGCUCAUUCCAUUCUGUGUGAAGCCAUCGAAGCCUACGUCAAUGAGUGCCAGGACCGUGGGGUCAACAUCGGACCCUGGAGGAACGAAACCUUCUGUCCUUUUGGCUGUCCCCCCAACAGCCAUUACGAGCCCUGCGCGGACCCCUGUCAGCAGACGUGUUCGGGCAGACCCCCCUCCUGCAGCGGCCCGUGCACCGAGUCCUGUGUGUGUGAUCCCGGCUACAUCCUGAGUGCCGGGAAAUGUGUCACCAACACUUCAUGUGGCUGCCAACACACCAAUGGCCAGUAUUAUCAGCCUGGAGAGGAGUUCUAUGUUGAGAACUGUGAUCUGAAGUGUAGCUGUGACGCACCCUUUGUGACCUGUAAGGCAUCUCAAUGCCCCCCAAUGCACGAGUGUCAAGUCCAAGGGGGAGAGCUGGGCUGCUAUCCCACAGGAAUGACGACACCCAGACCAACAACUCCAAGACCGACGACACCAAAACCAAUUCAGUGCCCUCCAAAUGCAGACUACAUCGAAUGUGGCCCAGCUUGCAUCCCCACCUGCAUGGAACCCUCCACCAACUGUAGCGGCUCCUGUAUCACCGGCUGCUUUUGCAAACCGGGGUUUGUCUUCAAGGGGAAACACUGUGUGCCACUGGAGAAGUGCGGUUGCCUGGAUCACAAUCAUAACUAUUACGAGCCUGGAGAGAUCGUAUUUGGAGACGGCUGCUCAAAGCUGUGUCGCUGCGCGGGGAACUACACUUUGGAAUGUGUGGAUAACACCUGUGAUCCCACUGAGGAGUGUCGUGAGGUUAACGGUGUCCCAGGAUGCUACCCGAAAGGUACAUCCUCGUGCAUCGCAUCCGGAGAUCCACAUUACACGACUUUCGACAAGCGCAAGUACAACUUCAUGGGCAACUGCAGUUACACGAUGACUGGAGUCUGCAAUGUAUCGGCUUUACCAAACUUUGUGGUCUACGCUGACAACGAAAAUCGCUAUAACAGACCCACCAUCUCCUAUGUGAAGGCGGUUCGUGUGUAUAUAGCAUCCGGUGGUGUCUCCAUCUUCAAAGGUGGCGCUGUGCAUGUGAAUGGAAUCAAAGUCAACCUUCCAGUCAGUCCAUUCCCAGGUGUCUCUGUGUUCAAAUCCGGAAAGCACUACACCGUGUCCUUGGAUUUUGGUGUGACUGUGCGCUAUGACGGAAACCACUUUAUGGACAUCAAAGUGAUUAAAGAUUUUAAGAACAUACUGUGUGGACUGUGUGGAGAUUACAAUGGAGAUCCCAAAGACGACUUCCGCAAGCCAGAUGGCUCAUUGACCCGCAAUCCCAAUGACUUUGGAAACAGUUGGAACACUGAUCCAGAGUGUAACAAUAAACCCAACACCACUAAUCCCGGAUGUGAGGCAGAGGAGCAGAAGCUCUAUGAGAGCUCUGGAUAUUGUGGCAUCCUGCUGGACAAAAAUAGUCCUUUUGCUGCGUGUCACGCCAAGGUCAACCCCAACGAUUACUUCAAGGACUGUGUCUUUGACCUUUGCGAGCUUGAUGGCGCUCAUUCCAUUCUGUGUGAAGCCAUCGAAGCCUACGUCAAUGAGUGCCAGGACCGUGGGGUCAACAUCGGACCCUGGAGGAACGAAACCUUCUGUCCUUUUGGCUGUCCCCCCAACAGCCAUUACGAGCCCUGCGCGGACCCCUGUCAGCAGACGUGUUCGGGCAGACCCCCCUCCUGCAGCGGCCCGUGCACCGAGUCCUGUGUGUGUGAUCCCGGCUACAUCCUGAGUGCCGGGAAAUGUGUCACCAACACUUCAUGUGGCUGCCAACACACCAAUGGCCAGUAUUAUCAGCCUGGAGAGGAGUUCUAUGUUGAGAACUGUGAUCUGAAGUGUAGCUGUGACGCACCCUUUGUGACCUGUAAGGCAUCUCAAUGCCCCCCAAUGCACGAGUGUCAAGUCCAAGGGGGAGAGCUGGGCUGCUAUCCCACAGGAAUGACGACACCCAGACCAACAACUCCAAGACCGACGACACCAAAACCAAUUCAGUGCCCUCCAAAUGCAGACUACAUCGAAUGUGGCCCAGCUUGCAUCCCCACCUGCAUGGAACCCUCCACCAACUGUAGCGGCUCCUGUAUCACCGGCUGCUUUUGCAAACCGGGGUUUGUCUUCAAGGGGAAACACUGUGUGCCACUGGAGAAGUGCGGUUGCCUGGAUCACAAUCAUAACUAUUACGAGCCUGGAGAGAUCGUAUUUGGAGACGGCUGCUCAAAGCUGUGUCGCUGCGCGGGGAACUACACUUUGGAAUGUGUGGAUAACACCUGUGAUCCCACUGAGGAGUGUCGUGAGGUUAACGGUGUCCCAGGAUGCUACCCGAAAGGUACAUCCUCGUGCAUCGCAUCCGGAGAUCCACAUUACACGACUUUCGACAAGCGCAAGUACAACUUCAUGGGCAACUGCAGUUACACGAUGACUGGAGUCUGCAAUGUAUCGGCUUUACCAAACUUUGUGGUCUACGCUGACAACGAAAAUCGCUAUAACAGACCCACCAUCUCCUAUGUGAAGGCGGUUCGUGUGUAUAUAGCAUCCGGUGGUGUCUCCAUCUUCAAAGGUGGCGCUGUGCAUGUGAAUGGAAUCAAAGUCAACCUUCCAGUCAGUCCAUUCCCAGGUGUCUCUGUGUUCAAAUCCGGAAAGCACUACACCGUGUCCUUGGAUUUUGGUGUGACUGUGCGCUAUGACGGAAACCACUUUAUGGACAUCAAAGUGAUUAAAGAUUUUAAGAACAUACUGUGUGGACUGUGUGGAGAUUACAAUGGAGAUCCCAAAGACGACUUCCGCAAGCCAGAUGGCUCAUUGACCCGCAAUCCCAAUGACUUUGGAAACAGUUGGAACACUGAUCCAGAGUGUAACAAUAAACCCAACACCACUAAUCCCGGAUGUGAGGCAGAGGAGCAGAAGCUCUAUGAGAGCUCUGGAUAUUGUGGCAUCCUGCUGGACAAAAAUAGUCCUUUUGCUGCGUGUCACGCCAAGGUCAACCCCAACGAUUACUUCAAGGACUGUGUCUUUGACCUUUGCGAGCUUGAUGGCGCUCAUUCCAUUCUGUGUGAAGCCAUCGAAGCCUACGUCAAUGAGUGCCAGGACCGUGGGGUCAACAUCGGACCCUGGAGGAACGAAACCUUCUGUCCUUUUGGCUGUCCCCCCAACAGCCAUUACGAGCCCUGCGCGGACCCCUGUCAGCAGACGUGUUCGGGCAGACCCCCCUCCUGCAGCGGCCCGUGCACCGAGUCCUGUGUGUGUGAUCCCGGCUACAUCCUGAGUGCCGGGAAAUGUGUCACCAACACUUCAUGUGGCUGCCAACACACCAAUGGCCAGUAUUAUCAGCCUGGAGAGGAGUUCUAUGUUGAGAACUGUGAUCUGAAGUGUAGCUGUGACGCACCCUUUGUGACCUGUAAGGCAUCUCAAUGCCCCCCAAUGCACGAGUGUCAAGUCCAAGGGGGAGAGCUGGGCUGCUAUCCCACAGGAAUGACGACACCCAGACCAACAACUCCAAGACCGACGACACCAAAACCAAUUCAGUGCCCUCCAAAUGCAGACUACAUCGAAUGUGGCCCAGCUUGCAUCCCCACCUGCAUGGAACCCUCCACCAACUGUAGCGGCUCCUGUAUCACCGGCUGCUUUUGCAAACCGGGGUUUGUCUUCAAGGGGAAACACUGUGUGCCACUGGAGAAGUGCGGUUGCCUGGAUCACAAUCAUAACUAUUACGAGCCUGGAGAGAUCGUAUUUGGAGACGGCUGCUCAAAGCUGUGUCGCUGCGCGGGGAACUACACUUUGGAAUGUGUGGAUAACACCUGUGAUCCCACUGAGGAGUGUCGUGAGGUUAACGGUGUCCCAGGAUGCUACCCGAAAGGUACAUCCUCGUGCAUCGCAUCCGGAGAUCCACAUUACACGACUUUCGACAAGCGCAAGUACAACUUCAUGGGCAACUGCAGUUACACGAUGACUGGAGUCUGCAAUGUAUCGGCUUUACCAAACUUUGUGGUCUACGCUGACAACGAAAAUCGCUAUAACAGACCCACCAUCUCCUAUGUGAAGGCGGUUCGUGUGUAUAUAGCAUCCGGUGGUGUCUCCAUCUUCAAAGGUGGCGCUGUGCAUGUGAAUGGAAUCAAAGUCAACCUUCCAGUCAGUCCAUUCCCAGGUGUCUCUGUGUUCAAAUCCGGAAAGCACUACACCGUGUCCUUGGAUUUUGGUGUGACUGUGCGCUAUGACGGAAACCACUUUAUGGACAUCAAAGUGAUUAAAGAUUUUAAGAACAUACUGUGUGGACUGUGUGGAGAUUACAAUGGAGAUCCCAAAGACGACUUCCGCAAGCCAGAUGGCUCAUUGACCCGCAAUCCCAAUGACUUUGGAAACAGUUGGAACACUGAUCCAGAGUGUAACAAUAAACCCAACACCACUAAUCCCGGAUGUGAGGCAGAGGAGCAGAAGCUCUAUGAGAGCUCUGGAUAUUGUGGCAUCCUGCUGGACAAAAAUAGUCCUUUUGCUGCGUGUCACGCCAAGGUCAACCCCAACGAUUACUUCAAGGACUGUGUCUUUGACCUUUGCGAGCUUGAUGGCGCUCAUUCCAUUCUGUGUGAAGCCAUCGAAGCCUACGUCAAUGAGUGCCAGGACCGUGGGGUCAACAUCGGACCCUGGAGGAACGAAACCUUCUGUCCUUUUGGCUGUCCCCCCAACAGCCAUUACGAGCCCUGCGCGGACCCCUGUCAGCAGACGUGUUCGGGCAGACCCCCCUCCUGCAGCGGCCCGUGCACCGAGUCCUGUGUGUGUGAUCCCGGCUACAUCCUGAGUGCCGGGAAAUGUGUCACCAACACUUCAUGUGGCUGCCAACACACCAAUGGCCAGUAUUAUCAGCCUGGAGAGGAGUUCUAUGUUGAGAACUGUGAUCUGAAGUGUAGCUGUGACGCACCCUUUGUGACCUGUAAGGCAUCUCAAUGCCCCCCAAUGCACGAGUGUCAAGUCCAAGGGGGAGAGCUGAGCUGCUAUCCCACAGGAAUGACGACACCCAGACCAACAACUCCAAGACCGACGACACCAAAACCAAUUCAGUGCCCUCCAAAUGCAGACUACAUCGAAUGUGGCCCAGCUUGCAUCCCCACCUGCAUGGAACCCUCCACCAACUGUAGCGGCUCCUGUAUCACCGGCUGCUUUUGCAAACCGGGGUUUGUCUUCAAGGGGAAACACUGUGUGCCACUGGAGAAGUGCGGUUGCCUGGAUCACAAUCAUAACUAUUACGAGCCUGGAGAGAUCGUAUUUGGAGACGGCUGCUCAAAGCUGUGUCGCUGCGCGGGGAACUACACUUUGGAAUGUGUGGAUAACACCUGUGAUCCCACUGAGGAGUGUCGUGAGGUUAACGGUGUCCCAGGAUGCUACCCGAAAGGUACAUCCUCGUGCAUCGCAUCCGGAGAUCCACAUUACACGACUUUCGACAAGCGCAAGUACAACUUCAUGGGCAACUGCAGCUACUUGAUGUCCGGAGUCUGCAGUGCGACGCCUUCACCAAACUUUGAGGUUUAUGCUGACAACGAGAACCGCUAUAACAAUCCCGCCAUCUCCUAUGUGAAGGCUGUACAUGUGCAUGUACGCAAGGUGAAGGUCUCGAUCCUCAAAGGUGGCUCGGUGCUUGUGAAUGGGACCAAAGUAAACCUGCCUGUGACUCCCGCUUUGGGCGUUUCUGUGUUCAAAUCUGGAAAGCACUACACCGUGUCCAUGGAUUUCGGUGUGGUUGUACGCUAUGAUGGAAACCACUUCAUGACCAUCAAAGUGAUUAGAGACUAUAAGAAUAUACUGUGUGGCCUGUGUGGAAAUUACAAUGGAGAUGUAAAAGAUGACUUCCGCCAGCCAAAUGGCUCGUUGACCGGCAAUACCGACCAGUUUGGACACAGCUGGAACACUGAUCCAGAGUGUAAGAAACCGACCACCACCGAUCCCGGAUGUGACGAAGAGGAGGAGAAGCUCUAUGAGAGCUCUGCAUAUUGUGGCAUGCUGCUGGACAAGAACGGUCCUUUUGCUGUGUGUCAUCCCAAGGUCAACCCCAAUAAUUACUUCCAGGACUGUGUCUUCGACCUUUGCGCACUGGAUGGAGCCAAGCCUGUUCUGUGCGAAGCCAUUGAAGCCUACGGCAAUGAGUGCCAGGACCGCGGCGUCGACAUCGGACCCUGGCGGAACGAAACCUUCUGUCCAUUGAGCUGCCCCCCCAGCAGCCAUUACGAGCCUUGCGCGGACCCCUGUCAGCAGACGUGUUCGGGCAGACCCCCAUCCUGCAGCGGCCCGUGCACCGAGUCCUGUGUGUGUGAUCCCGGCUACAUCCUGAGUGCCGGGAAAUGUGUCACCAACACUUCAUGUGGCUGCCAACACACCAAUGGCCAGUAUUAUCAGCCUGGAGAGGAGUUCUAUGCUGAGAACUGCACUCUGAAGUGUAGAUGUGACGCGCCCUUGGUGACCUGUAAGGCAGCUCAAUGCCCCCCAAUGCACAAGUGUCAAGUCCAAGGGGGAGAGCUGGGCUGCUAUCCCACAGGAUCCCAGAACUGCAUCAUCUCUGGAGAUCCACACUACAACACUUUUGACAAAAGGUUCUACAGUUUCAUGGGCUCCUGUACCUACACGUUGGCCAGAACCUGCAGGAACAACACAGGACCUUGGUUCUCAGUUGAGGCGAAGAACGAGGAAAGAGGCCUACCGGGAGUUUCUUACCUGCGAAAACUUUACAUCACGGUGGACGGGAUCACGGUGACUUUGAUGAAAGCCAAGAGGACCCUGGUGAACGGACUACGUGUAGCGCUACCUCACGCCCCGUCUCCCGCGGUCACGGUCAGUCGUGCCGGUCAGUACGUCACGUUGCAGACUUCCUUUGGCCUCCAAGUGCGCUGGGACGGGAACCAUUAUGCCCAAAUCUCCGUACCCAGCUCGUACCACGAUCAGAUGUGCGGUCUGUGUGGGGACUUGGACGGGAACCCGGACAAUGACUUCGCCAAGCCAGAUGGCGCUCUCGUCGCCAACGUCAACGACUUCUGCAACAGCUGGCAGACGGAAGAAGACGAGGACGACUCGUGUUCCCCAGGCACCGAGCCCGACCCGGACUGCGAUCCAAAUCUUGAGGCUGAGGCGGUCGAACCGGAGAAAUGCGGAAAGCUCAAGGAUAGCGCCGGACCCUUCCGGGAGUGCGUCGGCGUGGUCAAUCCCGCCCCCUUCUUCCAGAGCUGCGUGUACGACAUGUGUCGCUUCAACGGGCAGCAGCGCGUGCUGUGCGACCAGCUGCAGGCCUACACGCAGGCCUGCCACAGUGCCGGAGUCCAAGUCCACCAGUGGAGGAGUCCCCGCUUCUGUCCCCCGGACUGCCCCGCCAACACCUCGUACUCCGUGUGCGUGAGCUCGUGCCCGGAGACGUGCGCGGGCGCGGCGGGAGCGCCCGGCUGCGGCGACGUGUGCGUGGAGGGAUGCGCCUGCGACCCGGGCUUCAUCCUCAGCGACGACAAGUGCGUGUCGCUCAAAGACUGCGGUUGCGUCGACGCCGCCGGCUCGUACCGUCCGGUGGGCGACGGCUGGUACUUGGAGGGCUGCAAGCGGCGGUGCACGUGCCACGAUGGAGGCCGGAUCCGGUGUUCCGACAGCGGCUGCAAAGCCGCCGCCGAGAUCUGCCAGCUGCACGAUGGAGAAUACCGCUGCCGGCCUUUGGGAAAUGGAAUGUGUUCGGUAUCCGGCGACCCCCACUACACGACCUUUGACAAGCGCACCCACCACUACAUGGGAGCCUGCUCGUACACCCUGACCGAGCCGUGCGACGUCUCCUCCUCCGGCUUGCCGUACUUCAGCGUGGCCGCCCAAAACGAGCGCAGGGGCAGCAACAAGAAGGUUUCGUACGUCAGGGCCGUCGCGGCGCAAGCGGACGGCGUGACGGUCACCCUCGGCAAAGGCCGAACUGUCCAGGUAAACGGGACGGCGGUGGUUCCGCCUGUCGAGUGGCUCGGCGGGACAAAGAUCUACUUGAGCGGCAAGUUUGUCGUCCUGGAGACGUCUUUCCACCUGAGGGUGCGGUUCGACGGUAACCACCACGCGGACGUCUCCGUGCCGACCUCCUACAACGGGCGCCUUUGCGGAAUGUGUGGAAAUUUCAAUGGAAAUCCCAGAGACGACAACCUGAAACCGGACCGGACGCCCGCUUUGACCACCAAUGAACUCGGAGACAGCUGGCAGGUUCCUGACCCGAGGCCCGAUUGCAGCAACGAUGGUGGACAGGAAGACUGCGACCCAAAGGUGGAGGACGAAGCCCAGAAGCCGACAAGCUGCGGCAUGAUCGGCGAUCCCAACGGUAUCUUCAAGCCGUGUCACUCGGUCGUCGUCCCCGAGCCUUAUUUGGAAAACUGCGUGUACGACAUGUGCGCCACCGGCGGCCAGACCGUCGCCCUCUGCCAGGCGGUGGAGAGCUACGCCGACAUGUGCGCCGCGGCGAGAGUCGCCAUCGCGUGGAGGAACAAUACCUUCUGCCCGCUCAAAUGUCCCGCCGGAAGUCAAUACACCCCGUGCGGUUCCGCCUGCGCCCAGCCCAGCUGUCAGAAUCCGGCGGGCCCGGGAGGCCCCUGCGACCAGCCCUGCGCGGAGGGAUGCGCGUGCGCCCCCGGCCUCAUUCUGAGCGGAGACAAAUGCGUGGCGCUCGGCCGCUGCGGCUGCACCGACGAGAGCGGCCGGUACAGGCCGGUCGGCGCCGCUUGGUUCACGGAGGCCGACUGCUCGGUGCGUUGCGAGUGUCACGGCGAGCGCAACGUGACCUGCGAGCCGUGGCGGUGCGGCCCCGCGCAGGAGUGCCGAGCGCUGGAGGGAGUGCUGGACUGCCACUCGACAGGCAAAGGAGCGUGCCACGUAGCCGGAGACCCUCACUACUACACCUUCGACGGCGUCAUGCACACCUUCAUGGGCACGUGCACUUACACUCUCGUCGAGGUGUGCGACGCCGCCAUGGUGACGCCGUUCCGGAUCGUGGCCAAAAACGAGGAGCGCGGCCAACCGGAGGCCUCCUACGUCCGCUCCGUCAAGGUUUACCUGCCUCGCGACACCCAGGUCGAGCUGCACAAGGGCCGCAGAGUUCUGCUGAACGGGCGGCGGGUGCGGACCCCAAUUUCCCUGAGCGCGGCGGGAGCGAAGGUGAUCAGCAGUGGCGCGUACAAUCUGCUGGAUACCGACUUCGGUCUGCAAGUGAAAUUCGACGGCGUUCACCACCUGGAGAUCACCGUGCCCGGCCAAUACUUCGAUAAGCUGUGCGGCAUGUGCGGGAACUACAACAACAACACGUCCGACGACAACCUGAAGCCCGACGGGGAACCCGCCGAGGACGUCAUCGAACUGGGCAACAGCUGGAAGGCGCAGGGAGACAGCGAUCCCGGCUGCCAGCCGGACAAUCGGCCCGACGUGCACCCCAACUGCACGGCGGAAGAAGAGGCGCGGUACGAGUCCCAGUGCGCCGGCGCGCUCCUGUCCGACAGCUUCGGCGCCUGCCGCGCUACGGUGCCCCCCGAAGCCUUCUCGGGGAACUGCGUGUACGACAUGUGCGCGUACGACGGCAUGCGGGCCACGCUCUGCGACAACGUGGAGGCCUACGCUCAGGCCUGCCGCAGCGCCGGCGUCGCCGUCAGCUGGAGGAACCGAACCUUCUGUCCGCUGCCGUGCCCGCCCGGCAGCCACUAUUCCGACUGCACGGCCCCGUGCCCCCCGACCUGCUCCGACCUCUUCCCCGUCUUCUGCCACCUGCCGCCCACCGACUGCGUGGAGGGCUGCCAGUGCGACGGCGGCUUCGUCCUCAGCGACGGCAAGUGCGUGCCUCUGGACAGAUGCGGCUGCGUGGACUCCGACGACGAGUACCACGACGUGGGAGACUCGUGGCUGACGGCCAAAUGCGUUUCCAAGUGCGCCUGUAACCCGGGCGGCCUGGUCGCGUGCGCGGAGCACAGCUGCGACGCCGACUCGGUGUGCGACCUGGACAAGUACGGAGACGUCUUCUGCAAGCCCGCCAAGUUCGACAAGUGCAGCGUCUCGGGGGAUCCUCACUACCGGACCUUCGACGGUUUCACGCAUCACUUCCAGGGGCCGUACACGUACGUCCUGACGGCCGACCGCCGGCCGCAGAGCUCGCUGCCCCGCCUGACGGUGAGGGGGAAGAACAUCCGACGAGGCGGAAACAAGAAGGUCUCCUUCCUGGACCAGGUCUUCGUCGACGUCUACGACGUCAACGUACGCUUCCUGCAGGGGAAGAGAGUCCUGGUGAACGGGGAGAGCGUGUCGCCCCCUCUGAGUCCGGCCGAAGGUUUGCUCAUCACAAUGAACUCCAGGCAGGUUCAGCUCACCGCCGACUUCGGACUCACCGUGCGCUUCGACGGCAGAAGUCGCGGAGAGAUCAUCCUGCCGAGCACGUACAAGGACGCCGUCGGAGGGCUGUGCGGAAACUACGACGGGAUCCGCGGGAACGAGUACACGAAGCCGGACGGGACGGUCGUCAGGGACCUGAACGCCUUCGGAGAAAGCUGGAGGGUCAGCGACCGACUGGCGGACGCUCGCGACGGCGCCUCCCGCGUUCACAGGCGACAAGCCGAGACGGAUCCCGAUUCCGGAUUUGAGACGCCGGACUGCUCCGAAGCCCAGCUGGACGACUAUAACGGUCCCGCCGUGUGCGGCGCCAUAUCGGAUGCCGCGGGGCUUUUUGCCUCCUGCCACGCCGUCCUGCCGCCCGCCACCUACCGGGACGACUGCGUGUUCGACCUGUGCGCCGAGCGGGGCAGCGAAGAGCUGCGUUGUGCCAGCUACGACGCCUACGCUGCCGCAUGCCAGGAGGCCGGGGUCACGUUGGGACUCUGGAGACAACACCUGGGAUGUCCGCUGUCGUGCGAAAGCAACAGCACGUACGUGCCGUGCAUGUCGGCGUGCCCGGCCUCCUGCGCCGACCUGGCGGCGCCGUCGGAGUGCGCUGCCGCGUCCUGCGUGGAGGGGUGCCAGUGCGCCCCCGGUUUCGUCAUGAGCGAGGGCGGCUGCGUGCCGUACGCGGACUGCGGCUGCAGCUUCCUCGACAGAUACUUCCCGCUGAAGGAGACCUUCGUGACCGAGGACUGCGCCCAAUCCUGCGAAUGCACCACCACCGGCGCCGUGUGCCAAGCCAAAAGCUGCCAGGAGGGUUACGUCUGCACCAUUUACGACUACAGACGCGACUGUCACAGAGCGAGUCCGUGCCUCAGCGGCCCUUGCCAGAACGGAGGAACGUGCAACCACAUCGGCGGCGACUCUUACUCGUGCGUCUGCGCCCAAGGCUACGGGGGCUUCGACUGCCAGGACGAGAUUACGGACACCGACGGACUUGAAAGCAAAUGGAUCAUCGUGAUCGCGGUGCUGGUGUCGGUCGCCGUGGUGAUCGUGGUCGUCACCACCGUUGUGUGCGUUUGCAGAAGCGUCCGCAAUCCGCAUCAUUGUGCUCACAGGAAAAACAAGCGGAAAGACAACGCACUGAAAAUGACGUCACGUGUCCCCUAUGACAACAUGGAUGAAAAGACAAACAACAUGACAAAUAUGUGAUAUUAAUAUUGUUUUCUGUUAUUAUAAAAGGUGUGACGCUCAGUACAAGUGAAACGUUUUGGUCAAUGUUCUACGUGUUGCUUUGUUAACAUACAGUUAAACAAACGAAGCUGGAAAACAAUAAGUGCAGAUUUUUGCAUUUUCUGUAUUUUUUGGGUGUGAAUUAAAUACCAACUCAAAAAUAAAAUAAAAAAACCUGUAUAACAAAA